CCAUUCAGGAGUCUGAGACAGGAGAAUCACUUGAACCCGGGAGGCAGAGGUUGUAGUGAGCCAAGAUCAUGCCACAGCACUCCAGCCUGGGUGACAGAGUGAGAUUCUGUCUCAAAACAAAACAAAACAAAAAACACCAAGAAAAUAGAUAUGUCUAUCCAGUAGGUCAUCUUAGGGGACCAAGCUGAGAGCAACCGUCACCUGGAAGAUCGCUAGCCACUGUGCCAGAAGGAAAAGAGGUCUUAAGGAUUUUAUAUUGAUAAGAUGCUCCCAAGUCCCUUGCAGCUCUCUUCAGAAGAAAAAUCACUAGUGCUCUGCUCUUGCCAUAAUACCAAACCUUUUUGACUCAUGCUUUGGUGCUGCAACACUGGAAGAAUUGCACACAGUUUCCAGGAAUAUCUUUUUUUCAUUUGAGUGAUUCUUUGUGGAUGAGAAAAGAUUUGAGUCUUAAUAAUUACGUUGUUUUAAAGCUAUUUCUUUAUAGUCUGAACUGUUUAAUAAAUUGGGCCACUUACCAAUGAGCCACACAGCCAGUUCUUGUCAGGAGCUGGUUGAAAACUGUGCUGUGCAUGUAGCAGGAAUGGCACAAGAAGAUAGCCGUCGUGGUCAAGUGCCAUCUUCCUUUUAUCAUGGUGCCAACCAAGAACUUGACCUGUCCACCAAAGUGUACAAAAGGGAAUCAGGAAGUCCUUAUUCUGUGUUAGUGGACACCAAGAUGAGCAAACCACAUCUCCAUGAAACAGAAGAACAGCCAUAUUUCAGGGAGACAAGAGCAGUGUCUGACGUGCAUGCUGUUAAGGAAGACCGGGAGAAUUCUGAUGACACAGAGGAGGAAGAGGAAGAAGUCUCUUACAAAAGGGAGCAGAUCAUAGUGGAGGUAAACCUUAAUAAUCAAACAUUAAAUGUAUCUAAAGGGGAAAAGGGUGUCUCUUCUCAGUCCAAAGAGACUCCUGUUCUUAAGACAAGCAGUGAGGAGGAAGAGGAAGAGAGUGAGGAAGAGGCCACAGAUGACAGCAAUGACUAUGGAGAGAAUGAAAAGCAGAAGAAAAAGGAGAAGAUAGUAGAGAAAGUCAGCGUUACACAAAGGAGAACCAGGAGAGCUGCCUCUGUUGCCGCAGCUACCACUUCCCCUACUCCCAGAACUACAAGAGGUCGUAGGAAGAGUGUAGAGCCACCUAAGCGUAAGAAGCGGGCCACAAAGGAGCCCAAAGCACCAGUCCAGAAAGCUAAGUGUGAAGAGAAAGAGACUCUGACCUGUGAGAAGUGCCCCAGGGUAUUUAACACUCGCUGGUACCUGGAGAAGCACAUGAACGUUACUCAUAGGCGCAUGCAGAUUUGUGAUAAAUGUGGCAAGAAGUUUGUCCUGGAAAGUGAGCUGUCCCUUCACCAGCAAACAGACUGUGAAAAAAACAUUCAGUGUGUUUCCUGUAACAAAUCGUUCAAGAAACUCUGGUCCCUUCAUGAACAUAUCAAGAUCGUCCAUGGAUAUGCAGAAAAGAAAUUUUCCUGUGAAAUUUGUGAGAAGAAAUUCUAUACCAUGGCUCAUGUGCGGAAACACAUGGUUGCACACACAAAAGACAUGCCAUUUACAUGCGAAACCUGUGGAAAAUCAUUCAAACGCAGUAUGUCACUCAAGGUGCACUCCUUGCAGCAUUCUGGAGAGAAGCCCUUCAGAUGCGAGAACUGUGACGAAAGGUUUCAGUACAAGUACCAGCUACGCUCCCACAUGAGCAUUCAUAUUGGGCACAAACAGUUCAUGUGCCAGUGGUGUGGCAAGGAUUUCAACAUGAAGCAGUACUUCGACGAACACAUGAAAACACACACUGGAGAGAAACCCUUUAUCUGUGAAAUCUGUGGCAAAAGCUUCACCAGCCGCCCCAACAUGAAGAGACACCGCAGAACUCACACAGGCGAGAAGCCCUAUCCAUGUGAUGUGUGUGGCCAGCGGUUCCGCUUCUCGAACAUGCUUAAGGCCCACAAGGAGAAGUGCUUUCGGGUGACCAGCCCCGUGAAUGUGCCACCUGCUGUCCAGAUCCCACUUACAACUUCCCCAGCCACCCCAGUUCCUUCUGUGGUGAACACACCCACAACCCCAACCCCUCCAAUCAAUAUGAAUCCUGUAAGCACUCUUCCCCCUCGGCCCAUCCCCCACCCCUUCUCACACCUGCACAUCCACCCACACCCUCACCACCCACACCACCUUCCCAUUCCUCCAGUCCCUCACCUCCCGCCACCUCCAGCUCUCUUUAAGAGUGAGCCUUUAAAUCAUAGAGGCCAGAGUGAGGACAACUUUCUGCGGCACCUGGCAGAGAAGAACAGUUCAGCACAGCAUCAUUAACAUCCGUCUCCUUAGUGUGUUCUCCAGGAGACACGUCCCCGUGUGUGAGCGUGCACAGAGGGAGUCGGUGAGCAUUUCCUUAGUUCUCAGACUCUCCUCCGCCUCUACCAAGAGCUUCGCCAGUGUCACUGAAUCAACAGAUCCAAGGGAAUGAACAAGAAGACUACCUUGAGCUCACAGAGGGACUGUCAUCUAAACCAGGGGAACCACUGAACUAAAGCCCAAUUUGCUUGCAUUUUCUGAUGACUUUUAUAAGUUUCAAAUACUCAGACUUGUGGAAUUUUAUAAUUUCAUAUCAGCUGAUGAGGUAUGCUUGCUUUUAUAUCCCGGACUUCUCCUCAAAGAGGGGAUAGGCCUGGUUUCCUUUGUACUAAUCGGGAAGGCUGUGAGAUUAAUCCAGAGCAUUAAUUGUAUCACUGUGUAUGGUAAGGAAUUCUUUUCAGCUUUUGGUGCCAGCUACAGAGUUGAGCUGGCCAUGUUUCACAGUAUAUCAAGCAUUAUAGAGAAAGACAGAAAUUUUCUUCUUUGUGUAGCUCUCCUAAUGCACUCUUUAUUUUACUACAGAAAUUAUUUUAGAGUUUUUGUAUAGACUUCUUUGGUAGUCUGUUUCUAAAAUGAAAUGUAUUUCAAUAAGCAGUGUAAUUUUUUCAGUGUAGCUGAACCUAUGUUGUAAAAUAGAAAAAAAUUUUUAUAAUCAUCAAAAUGUGAUUCUUAAAGAUGCAUAUAACUUCUAUAAUUCAAAGCUAUUCUUACAUCCGUACAACUCAAAAGGUGCUUCAGAGACUAGAUGUAUCUGAGAGGGUCUCCAGACCAGGUUACUGCAAAAAUGAGGUUUUGCUUUCAGGAUUUGGCGUAAAUACUUGGUAGUUUUGACAUCUCUGCUUAACACUCAAGAGAGGCUCCCUAAUGUGCUCCUGUCCUCCAUGUUCUGCUUGGCUUCGUUAGUGCAUUACAUGAAAUGAUUUGCAGGGGAUGGGGCCUUUUCCAGGGAAGUCACCUGAAGCUUGCAUGUUUUGAAAAUUUGAAUAAGGCUGUUUGCUGACAGGAGGAGGAAGUAGUGGAGAUCAUUUCAUCUCAGUCGCGUCUGUUUCUCACUUCCCUUAGGAAUUGUGCUCAUGGUUAACUUUUAUGGGAUGACAAAUUGAAAUCGCUCAUUUUGAGGUUGCUUUAUUUUUCUAGAAUUGUUAUAAGAAGCUAAAAUAGUAAACUUAAAAUCACAAACAUGACGUUGCUGAUAGUGGCUGAGAAAUUCAGAUGAGAAGACAAAUUGGUUAUGAAUUUUGAAAUAUCUAUUAUAUGUAAAAUGUGGAUAUGUUCACAACCUUGAGCUAUUUUAACACAGUUUAAGUAUAGUGAGGGAAAACUCCUAAGUUUUACUGCCCUGUCCUCUGCAAAUUAUGUAAUACCAGCAUUCUUAGGCGAUAAAGAGAGCAGCACCUCUAGUACCUUUAGGCAGAUUACUUUUUCAAGUUUGGGGAACUUCAAAAGAACAUAAUCAACCAGGAGCUUAUUAUAGGAAAGGCUGAACAGAAGGGUAGUGUAUUGAUUACACUUAACAGAUCAUAUUUAUCCAGACUCAGUAUAGCUUAAAAUUUUGUAUUUCUUUAUCUGAGAGAACUGAGUUCCCAGGCUAAAUCACUUACCUCCCACCCCCUCUCCAAUUUUUUUUUUAAGAGACAAGGUCUUGCUAUGUUGCCCAGGCUAGAGUGCAGUGGCUAUUCACAGGUGCAGUUAUAGCACACUACAGCCUCCAACUCUUGGGCUCAAGCAACCCUGCCUCAGCUAACCAAGUAGCUGGGACUACAGGUGCAUGCUACCAUGCCCAGUCCAUUUUUUAAUCUGGAAAUUUCUUCAUUUUUCUUUCUUCGGUUUCUUAAAAUCUUUGCCUGAAUCAGAACGCUGGCUUUUAUUUAUUUUUUUAUUUUUAAUAUUAAAUGUGCAGAUAUGCUUCGAGCACUUCUCUAACUAAUGAGCUCUGUGGUAAGAAAAAAUGAACUCUUUCAAUUGAGAUUAAGUCCAUAUUUUUCAAACAUCACGUUCUCUAUUGGCUUUUUGGUUUAGUGUUUCUAAAUUUUCUCCUUCUGAUUUUGCCUGUCUUAUAUAAUGAGCAUAGGAAAAUUUUGGAAUGAGGCAGAAAAGUAUCUCAAGACAUACUUCCUGGUUUUGGAUGUAAGUUUUAAAGAAUGGUAUUUUUAAUAUUUGUACACAUUCUUUGAGCACCCAGGUACCCAAGCCAAUAAGGAAAGUUAAUUCCUUGCAUAUGACUGUUAUAUCUUUAGUGGUUGUCUCCCCCUCCCUCCACAGUCUCCUUGGCAUUCCAUGACAAGUUUGUCAACCUACACUUUUAUAUGGACAUAUCAUUAUUUCAUGGUCAAGCCUGUAGUAUUAAAAUGAUUUCUUUAAAAGAUGUAAACUGUGCUUAGUUAAUUGGUUAUAUUUUGUUCUGUUUUUUUUUUUUUUUUUUUUUUUUUUUUUUUUUUUUGAGGCAGAGUCUUGCUCUGUUGCCUGGGCUGGAGUGCAGUGGCGUGAUCUUGGCUCACUGCAACCCCCGCCCCCCAGGUUCAAGUGAUUCUCCUGCCUCAGCCUCCCGAGUAGCUGGAAUUACAGGCAUGCGCCAGCACGCCCGGCUAAGUUUUGUAUUUUUGGCAGAGAUGGGGUUUCACCAUAUUGGCCAGGCUGGUCUCAAACUCCUGACCUUGUGAUCCGCCCACCUCAGCCUCCGAAAGUGCUGGGAUUACAGGCGUGAGCCACCACGUCCAACUGCCUUAUUUUGUUCUGAAUAAAUUUACAGUAUUGGGCAGCAAUUCUGAAUUCUAGACUUGAGACCACAGAAUCAACCAUUUCAUGAGGUUGUACUGUAAUUAUACACUGGAAUAUUCAGGUAGUCAUCUUUGAUUUUUCAUUCAAGUAAAUAUAGCCAUAAGAAAAUAUCUGCUAUACAGGAAAACCAGUAUUAAGCAAAUACCACCAUCCUUAACAGAAACAAAAAUAUAUAUAUAUAUUAUUUUUAAAAAUUAGCAUUGUCAAACAGUAUAAUUCUUAGUGAAGUGUAUUGUGGAACAAUUUAGAAACUUCCUUUUUUUCCCCUAGAUUAAGGAUACUUUCCUUGACUUGAGAUUUGUGGUCUUCAGGAAAACUGCUCAGAAUAUAAUGACUCCUCAUCAGUAUCAUAUUGCAUAUAAAUAAUGAAAUGCAUUAAGAAUAUUCACAACAUUGAACCCAGGAGGCGGAGCUUGCAGUGAGCCAAGAUUGCGCCACUGCGCUCCAGCCUGGGCAACAGAGCGAGACUCCAUCUCAAAAAAAAAAAAAAAAAAAAGAAUAUUCACAACAUUAAUGCUUCUGAAUAUAAGAACUGCAGGAUUAAGCCUUAAACAUAUAUGUGCAACACGUUUAACAUGCUUAAGACUCAAACUCAGGGUUGAAAAUUUGGUUGGGGUCCUCUUUGUAAGAUAAAAGUUGCAUUAUGUGGUAUGUUCUCUUCCAUAUAUGCUACAGCACCCCAUGAAUUCUUCAAAACUUUUUACCUACUUGUUAUCUGUUUAUGAAAAAAAGAAUUAUGGAGAAGUUUGAGUUCUCAGCCCUUAUCUGUACAUGUCUGUUAAAGACAACAAAGGCUGCAUUUAAGCAUUAUAUAGAUAACAAAUUGAGGCUGUCUCUCGUUACUUAGUUUUACUGUCUUCAAAGGCUUGUAUCAUUGCUAGGGUUAAGACUUAUUUGAGGAUGAGUUGGCAUUGUAUUUUGUGUGUGUGUGGGUUGGUUUGUAUUUGUUUCAUUUUUAUUUUUCUAUUUUCUCUCAUAGAUUUAUCAGUAAAAUAUAAACUCUUCCUUAGCCUUAAUAAAGGCUGCUGCUUUCUCAAAUUGAGUCAGAUAGGCUCAUUCUGAGUUAGAUUUUUAAAUUUGAAUGAAGAAAAGACAACAAUUUAAAGGCAUGUGGCUUCAUUUCCACAUAUAUUUGUGACUGGAUUCUUAUUUUUAGCAAGAGGGGAGAUCGCCACAAAAAAAACUUUAAUUCAAAGAAGCCUGUGCAAAUCAGUUACCUGUACUUUCAUAGUCUACCAUUUACAUUAACUGUUCUAGAUUAAUGACUAAGCAUAGCCAUUACCAUAAUUACAUCAUUUUUUUAAAACCACAUUUGUUCGAAGUAUCCUUUUCUAGUGGUUAGAACUGUCCCUAUAAUUUGAUUGUCCCUCAUAUACUAACCGAAAGCAAAAUGCUCUGAUGAGAUGCUUAUAAACUAUGAAUUUUUUAAUUCUUGAAGUUUUUUUCAGUUUUUAUGAUUGUUGAAUAGAUAUGUAUGUUUAGUUCCAUUAUUAUUUCACUGGAAGUUUUAAAUUUUGAGAAGAUGAAGCAGAGAUAGAAAUCCAUUGCAGAUAUAUGUAUAUUUACCCCAUCUUGCAGGUUUCGGUUAGUAAAACACAGAAUGAUAGGUCGGUUUUAAUGUUUUUAAAAAAAACUAAAAAACUAAAGUUAGAGAAACCUUUCUGUUUGAGCUACUGUAUAGAAAAGACAACUUUUAUUGCAUUGCUGGUCCACAUGAUAAAUAUUUCAAUGCUGUUCUAGACUGUAUGAGAAGUACUUAAUGAAAAAAGGGAUACAUUACAUUUAAGAAUUGUAUCAGCUAAUUACUGUUUUAAAAAAAUCAACUCAUUUGGAAUUCUUCAGACUACAAAAUUGAGCAAGUAAAGUCUGGGUUUUAAUUUUCCUUUGCCUGAACCAAGAUAGGAAAUUACUUAAGAGUUUUUUUUUUUUUUUUUUAGGAAUGAAAGGUCAUAAGCCAUUAGAAAUAGUGGCAUUAUUAUGCAAUAACACCCUAGCUAACCUGCUUUUGUCAUCUGUAGCACUUACAAUAAAGAAUGAUGACCUUCCAACCCUGGACACUACCUCGAUAAAGCAAACCAGAGAUCCUCUCUACACUUUCUAUGGAAGCCAUAAAAGUUGACAUCAAUAUAUCCACUUUCAUAGUUCUAUACUUUUAUACUUUGUAGACUUUUUUAUAGACUUUAUGAUCAGAUCUUUUUGUCUCAGAGGAUAGGUUUUGCAAGAUUCAAAGGAAAAUCAAACUCCUUGGUUGUUCCAGCUUUGAAGCUUUUGCUUCAGUAAAUUUGUUUAAAGAACCAGAUCACAUACCAUUUAUCAAAUUCUUUAUUUAAGUCAGAAUACUUUGCAGACAUACAUAUUUGGAAAACAAACUGUUUCUUGUUCACUAGAUAGAAUCUGUAUUGUAGUAAGAAACUACUUACAAGGUGGCUUUCUUUCUGCUUUGUUACUCUAUGUAUUACUCAAUAAUAUAUGUAUGGUCACAGGUUCCUGGAGUUGUUUUAUUUCUUUAUGACAGACACAUGAGUAUGCACCUCUCUCUAAUCCUCUGAUGUCACUGCAGCUUCAGUCUCUCUCACUCUGUUUUUGAGUGCCUUCAAAAUGCCAGCAUCCUGGAACAUUCUUUUCCUGAUCUAAAUCCUACCUCUGACUAUUUCAUUAUCCAUGAAUAUUGGAAUUCACCCAUAUUCCAAUGGGCUUAACUCUACAAACUAGCUAAAACCUUGGACAAGAAUUUUGACCGUAUUUCUGUUUUGUUCCUCCAUGUCAUUUUUAGGUUAUAUUUUUAACUUUUAUUUAUAUCUUAUUUCUUCACAUAUUUCGUCUCUCUGUUGAAAGAUUUUAUCCUUAUUUGACUCUUCACUUUCUUUACUUUCACCAGAAAUUUGACGUUCCUUUAAAAUUAAAGGUCAUUGAAUGGCUUUUGAACACCUUUUUCUCAACUGAAGUCUUCCUGAAUGCCUCCCCUUUCUGAUGAAAGGAUCCUGAGUGCUGCUGUUGCUCUGCCCUGUUCCCAUGUGCCCACUCUCUUCCGUACACAUUUUGCAAGACUAUACUCUUUAUUUUAGUCAGAUUAAUUUAAAAUUGCUCCCUGGGUUUCUGCUCUCUCAUGGCCCUGUCCCUCAAAAACUUCUGUUUACUUUUUCUAGCUGUUUUCAUCUAAUUUGUUUAAAAUGUAUGAUGGAUCCAUAAUAUAUGAAGGAUGUAAUGAAAAGGAGGUUGCAGUGUUUUAUAUAAUAUGAUCGAGCACCUCCGUGAUGAAACAUUUAGCAAUUGGCUAGUCCUUCACAGCCAGAGUGGAAGUUUGUGCUGUGGACAGGUCUUUUUACUCCCUUCCAGUUCUCCUCCAAAACUGGAGAAAAAGGAAAAAAAAAAAACUCUUUCAAAUGAGGAGAUUUGAUUGCAUUUUUUUAGGUGAACGAAAGCUUGGAGUUGAGCAUUUGGGCCUUAGUCAGCAUUUUUCCUUUCUAACUUAAAAUCUCAUGUCCUUUUCCUUAAAGUUAAUAGUACUCAGGUUUUUAAGACUAAUAACCACACAAGGUGGGUAUCUAAGAAGGCAGCUGUUAAUACAUUCUCCAUCUUUCCUGUCUGGCAACAGGAAAGAUAUUAUUGGUGAGAUAGUGCAAAAUUGUGAGAAUUGGUUAUGUUUGAUGAUGAAUAAAUUCAAGAUUUUUGAAGGCUUCACUGCUAUUUGGGAUGGGAAGGUGAGUUUACAAAAUGAAAAAGGUAGAUUUUUAUGUUACAGAAAUCAGUAACAGGGGUUUCUUGUUGUGUUAAUUACCUUUCACUUGAUUUGCCAUGAUGUUUCUUCCUCAUUAUUGAUCUAGAAGUUUGCCUCUUGGAUAGUAACUAGCAACUUAGCAUCUACUUUAAAAUUUGUGGCUUUUCUCUUCAGAGUCCCAGGCCAUAAAACAACGGAGAGCUGUACUUGCUUGUCACUUGGAGGAACCACAUCCUUAAGACAGCCUGCUGUCUUGUAUGUCUUCAGUAGGAAACUUCUGACACACGCAUCCAAGGGAGUUCCUGCCCCUGAGAAGUGUUCCCAUAGCUUUCCAGUCGCAGGUUACUUUCACACUAUGUCAGCUUCUCUGGUGAGAUCAGGGAUGUUACAUAUUACUUGAAAAUGAUUUCAUAGGAAGUGAGGAUGGGGCAAGAAAGGAGGUAGAAGCUGAAUUUUGCUUAACUUCAGAAGGAAAUCUGAUACUUGCCUUGGCUAGUUCUGAUCAACUAAAGAACCUGUGUCUGUACUGGAUGUGCCAAAGAGUCAAGUUGUUUCUGGAAUAUCCAGCUCCUCUGAAUGAACACAGCUUCCUCCCUACCUGUCUUUUACGGGUGAAAAGGGACCGUCUGAUGAGCAUGAUAGACAUCCUGUACAGGACUCAAGACUAUUUCAUUGCAUUUGAAAGUUGGUGGGAAGUAUUUUAAUCUGCUAGAGCUCCUAACCCUCCUAGAAAUAUCUUUUCAUGCUCUAUUAAUUCAAUUCAUUAGGUUAAAAAGAAACAGUGUGACAUAAUUUUGGUGUUUACUUCUUAAGUUGUCUCCCCAAGGGCAUAUAUGUAGCCUCUGAAAAUGGGAUGAUUUCUUCUCAAUCUUCCAUAAAUUUGAAUAUGCAUUUUAUUCAUUUCUUGGCAUGGGCUGUGUGACUGUUUUCCAUCAGCAGUUCUGGCUUUGUCCACAAGGGAGCAAUAAAGUACGUUAGCUUUAUUCUCAACCUUCUAAAGAAAGAUCCCACUUUUAAAUCUCUUCUGGAAUAGCCUCUUAGCUCAAAGCUUAUUCAUGUAUUUUGAUUAUUUAAGAAAUUUUCCCUUAUUACAAAGUCCAGUCGUCGUUCAUCCCUCAUGAUGCCAAGCAAUGAUUGAUGUGUGGGUGUGGAGUCCUUGUGGGUCAGGCAUCUUAAUUAAUUAGACUUUUUACAUAUUGAUGAUCCCCAGAUUGAAAGCCAGGACCUUCCCAUCGGGGCGCCUUUGUGUGCUAAAGGCAGAGCAGGCAGGCUUCUCCACUCCUAUCUCCUCCGCAGGCCACCACCAUCACAUCUAUAGGAGGAACAAGAGCACUGGGGGAACUCUGGAGUAUGAGUAAGGAAAUGCUUCUCACCUUCUCUGCUCCAAAGAGAUAUCUGUUACAUCAGGGAACAAGUCCUCUAGGUCAGGCACUUCCUCCUGACCAGUGCAACGGGCACUCCAGGUUAGAAACUGUGUGUGCUCCCUCUCUGUCAGUUACUUGUCUAAGGGCUCCUAUCCGUGGUCAUCAGCUCUCUGGCCAUGAGUUCUGUUUGUGCUUAUUGUAGCAGCAUCUUCACAACAAACAGGUCAGUAAUCAACCUGGGAAGGGAAAAGACGACAGUAAAUAUUACCCCCUGUAGAGCCAGGAGGCAUUUACACCUGGAAUGGCCUUCUUAACUGAUUUCUGCCUGGCCCCCUCACCCCCAGCCAAGUCUGAACCUGAGCAAUACCAGGCACAGAGAGGUGUCUACUUGUAACUCCAACACUUGACAAAAAACAAAACUGAAGCUGUGAUUGGUUUAGGCAGCAAGUGGCCAGGUGCAACUUGUUUGUUUUUAUUUUUGUUUUCCCCAACAGUACUGAGAUCACUUGCACUUUUCCUCAUUUCUUAAGAAAAUCCAGUUUGCUUGCCAUGACUUGUUUAGCGUUAGGUUUACAAAGCUUGUUGUUGAAUGUUGAAUAUUUGUCCAAAGGAGUUUGACAAAAUAGAAGCUGCUUGGUCCCUGUUCUGCCUGCUAGGUCAUAAGGAUGAAGGCCAUGUGGCUGGGGUACUUAUGUCAAGUCCAGAAUGGGGCAGUGUCCCUCUCCUACCUCUCUGCGGAGACGCAAUUGAAGGUCAAGUAGACUCAGUGUAGGGCAGGCAGCUGUCAUGCUGCAAAGAAGUUUAGAGGAGUCUUUGGGUUGGGGAGGUGACAGGUAGGUAGGACAGGAUCUCUUAAGAUGGGAAAGAUACUGGGGAGAGGAGGGCUGCUUGGCCCCAGGGAACUGCAGUGAGGUGGAACUGAGCUCCGCUCCUGAAUCUCCAAAGGAGCCCAUGCUGCCCGGCUUCCCUGAGUCAUUUUUUCCAGCAUCCUGUCAGACCCCUCAAUGUACUGAUUUCCCCCUUGUGUUAACUAUACCGAUAUUAUUUUUUUAGCAAUUGAAAUGCACUUUUUUAUUUCAACUCAAUCAUGAUUUUAAGUAUAAAAAAUUUAUAGAUUGUUAAAACUACUUUUUUGUGUAUUUUUAACCACUCAAUGUAGCAUUGUAUAUUUUAUUCUUGUGAGACUCUGGUACAGGUGUGCCGCCUAAUGAUUUUUCUGAGAUGCUGGGCCUUUGGAUGUGUACGGUAACCAACUUAAUGCUAAUGUUCAAAGUAAAAAAAAAAAAAAAAAAAAGGCAGCCAUA